AUGGAUAUGCCCCUAUCCAACUUUUCUCAGCUUUCCGACUUCGUGUAUCCUCAGCAGGUAUCACACAUUGAAGAGCAUAAGCAGGAGGAGUAUUAUGAGACGUCCAGACGGGAUGAUGUCGCCCCGGUGUAUUGUGAAGAGUACUUCGAACCAGCUCAGCAAGCGUCUGGACAAAGCGAGCCGCAAGCCACCCAAGAUCAGGAUGAGGAAACUUCAGAGCAGAAGAUUUCACAAGAUCGUAGGCAAUCUGCUGCUUCGGGUACUUCUGGCGACAGCAAUGAGCACAAAGCUGCCAAAGCAGGGUCCUCACACGACCCCAAGAACUAG